CCGGGAUUCCCGGCCCGGCGGACCAUGUUCCUGGCCGAUUUCCGCAGGGAUUUCUACGAGCCGAUCCAGGGCCAGAGGGUUCUGCUUCUGGUGGCUUUCGACGUGGAUGCGCUAUGCGCUUGCAAAAUCCUCCAGGCUCUGUUCCAGUGCGACCACGUUCAGUACACCCUGGUCCCCGUGUCCGGGUGGCAGGACCUGGAGACGGCAUUUCUGGAGCACAAAGAGCAGUUCCGUCACUUCCUCCUCAUCAACUGUGGCGCCAAUGUAGACUUGCUGGAGGCUCUGCAGCCCGAGGAAGACACGCUGUUCUUCGUGUGCGACACGCACCGGCCCGUCAACGUCGUCAACGUGUACAACGACACGCAGGUGAAGCUCCUCAUUAAGCAAGAUGACGACCUGGACGUCCCCGCCUAUGAGGACAUCUUCAGAGACGACGAGGAAGAGGAGGAGGAGGAAGAAGAGGCGGAGGAGGAAGGGGGAGAGAGCUCGGAGAGCGAGAGGGCGGGGCCCGCUGAAAAACGCAGGCGAUUUGAGGAGGCCGUGGUGGAGCGGACCAUGAGGCGCCGUGAGCGGCGGGAGUGGGAAGCCCGCAGGAAGGAGAUCCUAUUCGACUACGAGCAGUACGAGUACCACGGCACCUCGUCCGCCAUGGUGAUGUUUGACCUCGCCUGGAUCAUGUCCAAGGACCUGAACGAUAUGUUGUGGUGGGCCAUCGUCGGACUAACGGACCAGUGGAUACAAGACAAGAUCACUCAAAUGAAAUACGUGACAGACAUCGGGGCGCUCCAGCGACACGUGUCCCGCCACAACCACCGCAACGAGGAUGAGGAGAACUCCCUGUCCAUCGACUGCAUGAGAAUCGCCUUCGAAUACGACCUGCGCCUGGCCCUGUAUCAGCACUGGUCCCUCUACGAGAGCCUGUGGAACAGCGGCUACACGGCGGCCAGCCUCAAGCUGUGGACACUGCAGGGCCAGAAGCGUCUGCAGGAAUUCCUGGCGGACAUGGGCCUGCCUCUGAAACAGGUGAAGCAGAAGUUCCACUCCAUGGACGUCUCCCUGAAGGAGAGCCUGCGGGACAUGAUUGAGGAGUCCGCCAACAAGUUUGGGAUGAAGGACCUGCGGGUGCAGACUUUCAGCAUUACGUUUGGCUUCAAGAACAAGUUUCUGGCCAGCGACAUCGUCUACGCCGCCACUUCCCUGAUGGAGAGCGUGGACAAGGACGGGGCCAACGGGACGGGCACGGACAGCUUCAUCAAGGCACUGGACAGCCUCUCCAGGAGUAACCUGGACACGCUGCAGCAGGGUCUAGAGCUGGCUAAGCGGCGUCUCCGGGCCAUUCAACAGACCGUGGCCAGCUGUAUCUGCACCAACCUCGUCAUUUCCCAGGGGCCCUUCCUCUACUGCUACCUCCCCGAAGGCACACCCGACGUGAGACUGUUCUCCAAACCUGUGGCCUUGGGGCUGCUCAGCAAGUGUCUGCUCAAGUCCUUCAUCCGCUCCACCAAGAACAGACGCUGCCAGCUGCUGCCCCUGGUGAUGGCGGCCCCGAUGGACGUGGAGCAGGGCACCGUGAUCAUGGUGGGGAUUCCUCCGGAGACCGAGGCCUCCGACAAGAAGAAUUUCUUUGGGAGAGCGUUUGAGAAGGCGGCCGAGAGCACCAACUCCAGGACUCUGCACAACCACUUCGACUUGUCGAUCAUCGAGCUGAAAAUUGAGGAUCGCAGCAAGUUCCUGGAUGCCCUGAUCUCGCUCUUGUCCUAAGGUGCCACCCACGCCCUCGGAACAAAGCCCGACGCUCCUCUACCCACCGGCCCCCACUGCCCGCCUCCACGUGAGGUGAUUGUAAAUGAUCAACUUUUUAGAUGGAGGGGAAACUUGCCCGUCCCCUCGGACCUAAUAAAGACCCUGA